UAGGCAUUCAGUGUUGAGGUCAUGACCUAGGCAACUUUGAGAUCCUCCUUGAGGGAGAGUUGGCAUCUGCGCGGUCAGACUGGAGCCAAUCCCUACCGGCCGGACCUUCGCCUGCGGCGGAAUUAGCGUAGCCCAGGAGGCAAAGUGUGGAGAGACAGAUAGGCCAUAGAGUAAUCUCCAGCAGGCAACGUGACCGCCGUGCAACAUUUCCGAUCUCGCGACCGCAAAGGAAACGGGGUGCAAGCAGCAAAAAGCAAUGCUGCAGCUCAGCGUGCCGUGCCUCGUUCUACCUUCCUUCACACUCUCGCUGGACAUCGCUCCUAAGAUAAUGACGAUGCUCCUCCUCGUUGUGCUCUUUACGGGCGGCCUCUUCACUUCUGUGCUUGCCGUGCCCAUCUUUGUCUGCAGCUGGCAACUGACAACCGAAUCACCGGAGCUGCAUGGGUACGACUGGUUCUGCGAUGCAGACAAGCAAUCGGUCAACGCGAGCCACGCGCAGUACAUGUGUAAUGGGAGGCAUUGGGAUCAGGUUGCCGACCUUGGAUUUGUGGAGCCGACGCGCGACCUUCUGCGAUUCCGUAAGUCGGCCGCAUCAGGCUCACUCGUCGUACCUAUGCUGACGCUGUCCCCCAUGCGCGAUCAGGUGCCGCUUGCCCGGAAGGCCAAGACCGUAAUGAUGGCUACGGCUUCACGUAUGAAGAGGCUUGCGUCAGCCAGAAUUUUGCGGUUUGUCUGGGCAAGAACGGCGCCAAUGACAGCUCCAUCCAAUGUUUCUGGGUCGAUCGUCGCGACGAUUGUCUAUGGCCGAAGUCCUUCGGCAGCUCAGCGGAGGCUCCAAGCCUGGUGCAGAUCUGGAAACAGAAGUGAUGGCCAGAGCGGCGGGACUUUGUCCCGCUCAAAGGGCAGAAGCAGGCGAUUUUGCGGUGACAUACGCAAAGCGCACGAACUUUGAGCGCGAAUGUAAAGCGAAGCAGAAGACAUUCUUAUCAUUAUAGAAGGGUAUGAUAAGUCCUGUUUCGGUUGAAUUGAAAUCCUGCAAUCCAGGCAACGAGCGUGGGGUAUACGCGGAGGAGGCUGACGCCUUUGGCCAGCGCGGCAGCCUUGGCCCCCGCUGGGAACUCGAAGAUAGCUCCGUCGAGAUAGGCUUCGCCGCGGAGCCAAUUG